GAGGACCUCGAGACAUGGCUAAGUGUUGCAACAGACAGCCUCCUACCUAAGGCUGCUGAAACACUGAAGCAUCAGACACAGGACCAGCUGGAUGACAACAUAACAAGCCUUAUGAGACAAGACCCAAGUCAGAGCUACAGUCACAAAGAAUUAGCAAAGAUCACUGGCUCCUUAAGCCACACACUCAUCGCCACCCUCAAGCUGAGCGACAGCCACGCCGCCCAUAUCCAGCAGGAGCUGACAUACGCACAGCGACGCAUCGAGCAGCUAGAACUGGAGGCUCAGGAACGACGGGAAGGGCCUGAUGAGGUGGAACAAGGCACCGAGGAAGAGAUCAACAGGCUUAAAGGGACCCUAGCAGAUACUACCCAAGAAAUAGAACAAGUCAAGGCAGACUACACUGAACGCUCUAACAAGUUACAGUAUGCAGCACAGCUACUGGAAAAGGCAAAGGCUGACUUCAGAGAAAAGAACAGCAGAAUCAAAGCCCUUGAAACUCACCUGGAUGAGUCAAGAAACGAGAUCAGCCGCCUAACACGACAGCACGACUACAUUAAAGAGGAAUCCGAUAGUUUCAGAGAUGAACUCAAACACGCCUACGAAUUGUGCCGUGAGCCGUCGAGGACAUGA